AUGACUGAUCAAGUCCGUGCAUCGCAUCUGCUUAUCAAGCACAGUGGCUCACGUCGUCCGGCCUCACGUCUGUCCAAUCACAUCACUCGUUCGAAGGAAGAGGCUAUUGUCCAAUUAAAACAAUUACGUACCCAGAUUGUUUCGGGGGAGGCCAAAUUUGAGGAUUUGGCAGUGAAAUUUAGUGACUGUAGCAGUGGUACUCGUGGUGGUGACCUUGGUCCAUUUGGUCGUGGAAUGAUGCAAAAACCCUUUGAAGACGCCACGUUUGCAUUGGCAGUGGGUGAACUGAGCAAUGUCGUGGACACGGAUAGUGGAGUGCACCUUAUCCUCCGCACGGCGUGA